AUGAUUUUACCACGCACACCUCGCCUGUCUUUUGCUAAUAAAGUUACAAUCGAUGCAAAGAUAAAUGGGCUGCAGCUUACUAUGGAAUUCAAUACUGGCGCGGCGUGUAGUGUAAUAGACGAGGUUACCUGUAGUCGCAUAGGCAAACCAACAUUAUCACUUGCUUAUAAACUAGUAGGAUAUAACCAUAUCAAAAUCGAAGUAUUGGGACAAAUAAAAUUACAGGAAGCCGUCAUAAAGAUACAACCAAAUAUAGUGCCAAUUGCGUUGUCAUCUAGAAGAAUUCCAUUUCCGUUGCGUCGAACCGUUGAAGCUGAGUUGGUCAGACUUUUAAAUGAAGGCGUUAUCGAGAAGGUAGAUCCAACAAAGACUCCAAUUACUUGGGCUACGCCAACGGUUAAUAUUUUAAAGAAAUCCGGUGCCGUGCGGAUAUGCGGAGAUUUUUGUUUAACAAUCAACAAAUAUUUCGCGAUAGAUAACGAUUUACUACCAACUUUCGUCGACCUGACAAAUAGGAUCCCGGGUGGUAAAAUAUUUUCAACGAUAGAUUUAAGAGAUGCAUUUUUACAAUUCGGAGUUAGUCCAGAAUGUAGAGACCUUUUAGUAAUUUCGACUCAUGUCGGUUAUUACCGAUAUAAAAGAAGGGUUGACUAG